GAUGAGAGGGAAGUGUUGCCGCCCAAUUCUGAGGUUACUGCUGCUACUCCGGUGACUGUUGCUGCUCAUGGGAUUGAAGUAGCUGUGGAGUUUAAGCCCGUGGAACAUCCUAUUGAGCCUAUGGACAAUGACAGACCAAUUCAGUGCCCGCUUCCUGAACCUUCAAUUCUAAAUGAUGGAAGAAUAUGGAAGGAGCGGGUAUCAGCCAAUGCAAGAAGGAGAGUAGAUUUGCCAGUCAUGAAGGAAGGAGUUACCCUUGAAUCUGAAGCUGCGGGCAUGAAAUCACGACCAAGCCAAACUAAUCGUGGAAUUCUACCAUCACUCAGCGCUCCUGAACAUAAUUUAGUAAAUCUACUGGAAGAAUGUAAUGCAUCUGGAAUCUAGAUUCUGUUUUUGGUUCUUGUCUGGAAUUUAACUUAUAAUCUCCAUACAGUGUCAAUUUGUUCUUUUUCAAAUCAGUUUCUCUCACAUUUCUCUUUCUUUGUGUUCUGUAAGAAUCAUAGAAAAAAAGUCACCCAGACCCUCUAUGUAUGUAUGGUUAAUAAAUCAAAUGAAACUUUUAUUUUAUUCCUA